CACGGCGAGGAUGAAGCAAGAUGGCGUCUGACGGUGUAGACGUUAUUGCAGUCGUCACAGUUCAGUGUUCUUAAUCUGUGCGUCCAUGUACACAUAUAUGUCCUUUAUUACACUCUAUUAAAUAGAGUAAACAUCGUUAAUAACUGUUUGCAUCCGGUUAUAUUAGUCUGAGCGCACUUUGACGCUUCUCGAGCUAGCUUAGCCUGCUAGUUAGCUUAGCUUGUUAGCUGCUAACAAAGAGAGGCGGAAGUGAUCAAAACACAUCGCUAAGCAGAGAUUAAGUGUGAGUGUAAAGUGUUGUGAUUGUGUGAAAAUGUGCGAAAGAACGAUAGCAGAGUACGAGGAGGAACUUUGUCCAACAAAAGAGGAGAAGGAGCGACAACAUCAAAAACAUCAAGUUGUGUUACACAGAACAGACGUCUGGGAAGAACAUCUUCACCCUGAGCAACAGAAGUGGAGCUUCAGGAUGGAGCCACAGCCCUCCCACAUUAAAAAGGAAGAGGAACACCCACUGAUCCCCCAUUUUAAAAAGGAAGAGGAGGACCCACUGACACCCCAUUUUAAAGAGGAAGCGGUGGAUCCACUGAGCCCUCACAUUAAGGGGGAAGAGGAGGACCCACUGAGCCCUCAUAUUAAAGAGGAAGACCCACUGACCCUUCUCAUUAAAGAGGAAGAAGAGGACCCACUGACCCCUCUCAUUAAAGAGGAAGAGAAGGACCCACUGACCCCUCAUAUUAAAGAGGAAGAGGAGGACCCACUGACCCCUCAUAUUAAAGAGGAAGAGAAGGACCCACUGACCCCUCAUAUUAAAGAGGAAGAGGAGGAACACAGCAUCAGUCAGCAGGGAGAGCAUCUUAAAGGACUGGAGGAGGUUGAUGUCACCAAGAUGCCAGUGACUGGUGUCCCUGUGAAGAGUGAAGGUGAUGAGGUCAAAGGUGAAAGUGAGGAGAAGAGAGAGGCGGAGCCUCCAAGCAGCAGCUCAACUCAACACAUGACAACAGAAGCUGAUGGAGACCACUGUGGAGGAUCACAAGCAGACAAGCUCUUAGCUCCACUAUCAGAUAGUGAGGACACAACGUCACACUCUCCUGACACUGAUGAUGAAGACUCUAAAGAUGAUAAGACAUGUCACACUGACAACACACACUUCACAUGUUCUCACUGUGACAAAACUUUUAAAUCUAGUAAUUUGAAAAGACACAUGAGAACACACACUGGAGAAAAACUUUUUUUAUGUUCAUUCUGUGGUAAAGAUUUUAAUCAAAGGAAUCCUUUGAAAAUACACAUGAGAACACACACUGGAGAAAAACCUUUUACCUGCUCAGAAUGUGGUAAAAGUUUUGCAACAAAUCAUAAUUUAAAAGUACACAUGAGAACACACACUGGAGAAAAACCUUUUUCAUGUUCAAUCUGCGGUAAAGAUUUUACUCAAAAGCAGCAUUUCAAAGCACACAUGAGAAUACACACUGGAGAAAAACCUUUUUCAUGUUCAAUCUGCGGUAAAGAUUUUACUCAUAGGCAACAUUUGAAAAUGCACAUGCGAAUACACCCUGGAGGAAAACCUUUUUCCUGGUUCAAAUACUGAUGACAUUUAUUAAUCAGACAAGAAGCAAGGAAUCAUGCAGAGACAGAGUUCAAUUUAGCUCAUGAGAACGCAUGGAGCCGCACACUUAGUCACAGUCUCGCCCUACGCUCUAAGGUUCAGCUCCCGCGUCCCUCUAUUUAUUUAGAAGUUCCACAGUCAAAAUCACUAAGGCCGCCUCUAAAAGGAGUGGUCACAUAUAUUAUGCAAAGCAGGUCCAGUACGCACAAUACAUGACAGAAUGUGCUGGGGGCCUUGUGAUUUUGCCUUGUCUCCGCUUCGUCUGCGUGUUGUCAUCUUAUCUGCGUUGAGGUCCUUGAAGUCCUUGGCUGUUAGCGGGCUAAAACAAACAUCUGCGGCUGAGGCCACCCUUCAGACAAGGAGUUUCGUCCUUGUACAGAUACAAAAGUCUAACUUGAGCACAAUAGCUAAUAACUAAACAUUAGUUUAGGUCCUAGUGGUACGCCAAAUAUUAUUUCAUUAUUUAAGUACAAUGUUUUAUUUUCCUACCUGCAAACACAGUAUUCCUGUUCAAACUGUGUGUAAUGUUAUAGUAACUAAAAAUAUUAAAUAUACUUGUUAAAUAACGUGUCUUCCUUGUUUUUUAUGAAUAAUUAAGGCCUACUUA